UCCCUUCAACUUCUGUCGUUUUUUCGUUUGUUUGUUUUUUCCCCUACACGAUAACCUACCAGUAUUUUUGCAAGUUGAAUUCAAACGGGCCACGAGCAUUUCCAGAGAUGAGAGAAAGUGCUCGGGAAAAGUAAUCAGAAUGGCGAGCGAAAGCUCCCGCGCGACGCCGAGCUGCAGCCGGGCCUGCUAACGCGUCUUGAGUGGAUGGUUGUGCUGGAGGGGAGAAAGGACAGGCUGUCCCUGCUUCAAUGACAGUUGUUGUUGGGCUCUGUUGACGGGAAUAACAAUGAAGUUUGCUCAGUUUUGGCGGUCGAAAGGCUCCUUUUCCGGCAUACUAAAGCAGGUGGAGAGGUUUUCUAAAUUCUCCCCUUCUCCUUUAUCUAUGAAGCAGUUCAUUGACUUUGGCUCGACCAAUGCCUGUGAAAAGACCUCCUUUGUGUUCCUGCGACAGGAGCUUCCUGUGAGACUGGCCAACAUCAUGAAGGAAAUUGAUUACCUCCCAGACAAGCUGCUCAGCACUCCAUCUGUGAAGCUCCUCAACAGCUGGUACUCACGGAGUUUGAUGGAGCUUGUUGAUUUUCUAGAAAAAGAUCCAGAUGACAAGGAUGUCUUGAAAAACUUCACAAAGACUCUGGUAAACGUCCGGAACCGGCACAACAACGUGGUACCCACCAUGGCUCAGGGUGUCCUGGAGUACAAGGAUGCUUUUGGCGUGGACCCCGUCACGAACCAGAACGUCCAGUACUUCCUGGACCGCUUCUACAUGAGCCGCAUCUCCACACGCAUGCUCAUGAACCAGCACACGUUGAUCUUUGACGGCAGCGUGAACCCGGCACAUCCCAAACACAUCGGCAGCAUUGACCCCAGCUGUGAUGUCGUCGAGGUUGUAAAAGAUGCCUUUGAGACUUCAAAAAUGCUGUGUGAACAGUAUUACCUGACCUCUCCUGACAUGGAGAUAACAGAAGUCAACUCUAAAAACCCGGACCAACCUCUCCACAUUGUGUACGUGCCAUCCCACCUCUACCAUAUGCUAUUUGAACUGUUCAAGAAUGCAAUGAGAGCCACGGUGGAGACCCAUGAGACGAGCCCAACACUGCCGCCCAUCAAAGUGCGCAUUUCACUGGGGAGUGAGGACCUCACUAUUAAGAUGUCUGACAAAGGAGGAGGGGUUCCCCUCAGGAAAAUUGAGCGCCUCUUCAGCUACAUGUACUCUACAGCUCCCAGUCCCGUCCACAUGGACAACUCGCGCAAUGCUCCUCUGGCUGGGUUUGGGUACGGUCUGCCCAUCUCCCGCCUGUACGCCAAGUAUUUCCAGGGAGACCUGCAGCUCUACUCCAUGGAGGGCUAUGGCACCUCAGCUGUCAUAUACUUGAAGGCCCUGUCAUCAGAAUCAGUGGAGAGGCUUCCUGUUUUCAAUAAGUCGGCGUUACGGCAUUACCAGACCAGCAUGGAGGCUGAUGACUGGUGCAUGCCCAGCAAGGACCCAAAGAAACUCGGCAAGAAUGAGAUGACGCAGUGAUGAAGGACUGAGGAACAGUUGGUGGGGGUUGGUCAAAAAGAAUUUGAAGUAGACUUGUAAAUCACCUAAAAAUGUUUUCGAAACAAAAAAACAAGCUGUUAAACAUGAAUAUGGUGUUCAUAACAGACAAAAAGACGUAACGUGAACUAAAGCUAAUUUUAGAGCAGCUUUAAUGAAGAUACAAUGUUGUUUGUAUUGAUGUGCUGCUAAUAAAACGGAACCUAGGCAAGUAUUAAGUUCUUUUGAAAAAAAAAAAAAACUUUUAGUAGAUUUUUUUUAGGGUUUGCUCUUUCAAGAUGUAUUUCAGGACUUGAAAAAUGUUUUUGUUUUUUUCUAAAUUCCGUAUCUUGAGUUUUCGGUUUGGACUCAUUGCGUUUGAAACCUUUUGCAAGACCUUUUUUAAAGGACCUAUAUCAUGCAAAAUCAACUUUUUAAGCUUUUAAGUGUAUUAUAAUGUUUAUUCCUCACGAUAAACAACCCCAAAGCUGUACUUUGAUCCAUACAUGCAUUUCUGAGUAUUCCUCUAAAAACCUGCACUCAGAGCAUCAAGUAUUAAUUAAAACAUGGUUCUUUAGUGUGCCAAAGGUUAAAUAUUAUCAAAUAUAUGGUUAUAGUUUACUCUGAAAGGCUUAAGAAUAGCAUGAAAUAAGUCCUUUAAGCAUCAGUCCAUCAUGUUAUGCCCCUGAAAGUGACAAUAUCCUUUAAAAUGUUAAAAAGUUUAACUUGUUUAAUUUUUUUUUGUUUGUUUCUUUCUAGAAUUUUUCUCACUAAGAUUUAAAAAAGAAACCGACAUUUGGGGAAAAUUGAUUUUUGACUUUUUUAAAAACAAGGCCUUGAGUUAGAAUGUGUUUAACCUCAAUGGGGGCAGAUUUGAUGACUCCAAGUUAAAUAUAAAAGGAGCAAAGUCUGCUUUUUUAAGCUCUCCUCAUCUGAAAAAAACUACAGAACCACACUUCCAUUGAUGUUGAAUGAUAUAUACAAAGCUUCUGAGCAAAAUGUAACAAAAACCAGAUGGUUUUUUUUCUGGGGGAAACCGUCUUCCAGGUGUUUGUUCCUUGGUUUGUGUGCAAUUCAAAACUGUGGCUCUUUUUAAAAUAAAAACAUUUUAAAAGUGUGGAGCUAAUGACAUUCUCGUUGAAGAAACCCUGGGAACAAAUUUAGUUUGAAACAUUUGAUGUUUGUAUUUUCUCAAAGGAACAGCUUUUUAAAUACAUUUUAAUAUCUGCACAAAUAAAAGCUUUAAAAGAACAAAAACUUUUCUGUUAAAUAAGCUUGUUAUCACAAUUAUACCAACACCCACCUGACUACAUUAGGUUGCGGUUCACAAACUGCAUUUAUCUUAUUGGUAGGUUGUGGUGGUACAUGUUGCAGUAACGUCCUCGAUGCACAAUGGUUGAAGACUUUUGUUUUUAAUGUCUGUAUUUGUCAUUGCCGCCAUGUGUAUUUGUAUCAGUUGCCUUGAACUCAUAAAGACACCUGUUGUUCACUCGUUGAGCUCUUAGCAUCACUUAAAGGCCAAGUGCCCUGAGUUUGCUAAAAGGACCAGUGAAAGUUGGCAAUAAAAAUCAGAUGUUAUCUGUGCAUGUCUAUUUUUUUCUGGCUUUCUAAAUGUUCUUUGAGGUUGGGUUGGUAGGCAAUAAAUAAUGUCAUAUAAGGUAAAAAGUA